UCUCUCUAGUAUCAUUCUUCGCAUAUAUACUAGCUUUCCUCCACUAGUUCUCUUUAGCUAGCCAUGGAGAUCGAGCCAGCAACUCCAGGAAAAGCCAGGCUUUUCGCCCGUGGAUGGAGCUGGCUCAAGGCCUUGCCUGCAAGGAAGUUCAAGAAGGUUGUGGAGGCUGCAAAGAGCAUAAAGCAGCUUGGACAAGACGACCCAAGACGAGUCAUCCACUGCCUAAAAGUGGGACUGGCUCUCACAUUGGUGUCCUUGUUAUAUUAUUGUAAACCUCUGUAUGAGGUAUUUGGUGGUUCGGGAAUAUGGGCUGUGAUAACAGUGGUACUGGUCUUGGAAUUUACAGUUGGUGCAACCAUCAGCAAAGGUCUAAAUAGAGGUUUUGCAACAUUAUUUGCUGGUGCUUUGGCGAUUGGAACCGAGCACUUUUCACGUCUCUUUGACAGGAAAGCAGAGCCCAUUGUCCUCGGGGUCUUUCUGUUCUUGCUAGCUACAACAUCAUCAUUCACACGAUUCAUUCCACGGAUAAAGGCAAAAUAUGACUAUGGGGUCCUGAUUUUUAUAUUGACAUUUACCUUGGUAUCAGUCUCGGGUUAUCGGACUGAAAAUCUCUUAGAGGUGGCCUAUCAAAGACUCUCAGCAAUUGCAAUAGGAGGAGCAACCUGCAUAAUUAUGUCCGUAUUUGUUAGUCCUGUAUGGGCUGGCAAAGAUCUUCACAAGUUAACUGCUUCCAAUUUAGAAAAGCUUGCAAACUAUCUAGAAGGUUUUGGAGGUGAAUAUUUUCAGGCAGACCCUGAUCAUGAGGAGGAAGGGAUCAGUACUAUCACGGCGGCCUCUAACUCUAAGCUGGAUGAUAAAGCACUUCUUCAAGGAUACAAAAGCGUCCUCAAUUCAAAAAACACUGAAGAAUCCUUGGCAAGUUUCGCAAGAUGGGAACCAGGACAUGGUGGUUUUCACUUCCGUCAUCCAUGGAACCAGUAUUUGAAGAUUGGAGCCCUUGCUAGACAAUGUGCUCAUCGUAUUGAAGUUCUUGAUGGCUACAUCAACUCCGACAUCCAGGCACCGCUAGAAAUCCGAAAUAAAAUACGAGAAUCGAGUACAAAGAUGUGCUUAGAAUCGAGCCAGGCAUUAAGAGCAUUAGCAUCAUCAAUUAAAACGAUGACAGACCCUUCGGCUGCCGAUCCUCAUGUGAAAAAUUCCGAAACCAGCAUCAAUGACCUCAAAAUUGCACUCGAAUCUGCCUCAAAACUAGAGAACGUAGACCUCCUGGCAAUUAUACCCAUUGCCUCAGUUGCUUCAAUACUAAUAGAAAUCACUAGAUAUGUGGAGAGAAUCUCUGAAUUGGUCCAUGAGCUUUCUCUCCUAGCGUAUUUCAAGAGUGCUGCAACAUCAGUUCAGCAGGAACCAGGAAGCGGACUACAUCGCGGAAGUGUAAAACCUGUUUUUGAUGAUGAUAGUGACCGUAGUGUUACAAUCAUAGUGCAAGCAACAAACGUUAAAAUCAUAGAUCAUCAGUAUGAUCCCUCAAAUACGGACUUACAGGAAAAUGGAAUUCCUGAUCCUGCAGUAAAAUCCGACCGACUUGAAGAACGGUUAAAUUAUAUUUUGGGACGGACGUGAGAGAUUUUGUUAGGAGUUUUUUAAGAAGGAAAUUAUACGAAUAAAUUCUUAUGGACAUUAAGAGAGAGUAAUCUUGUCAAUCUAGUAGUAGGUUGAUGUAGUUAAUAUUUUUAGUUUCGUCUUUGAUGAGUUAUAAGUAGAGUUCAUCAUUAUCUCUGUUAUAAGUGGAUCACUCGACGACGUUGUGUGAGUAUUGGAUCACUUGUACUUGAGAACUGGGCAAUUAAUUAGUACGUACUUGUAUCCCUCGA